AUGGUAUGCUGAAUCAAUAGUAUAUAUUUAGGAAAAUCUGGCUGUGGCCCAAACAUAUUUUCCUCCAUAAACAACAUUUGUUUCAAUAUAUGACCAAUAGAUUUCAUCACCUUUUUAAAAGUCUUUACUUGUAUAAGAUUCUAAAACAAAAGAAGACUUUAUAUUAUUAGGAACUGUAAAAUCAUAGAAUUGUUAUAUAAAAUAUUUUGAGUCUAAUAUUAUUGGAUUCAUUUUUACAUUUAGUCACUUAAUCAUAUUUGAUGCAAAUAUUAUUCUAGAGUAUUGAAGUUUUUGGGCAUUAUUCUGCACAACUUCCAUCAGAUACUGCAAUAAACCCAUCUAAACAUUAUGAACAAGUGUAAUAUUUCUCACAUUUUAAACAAUACAGUGGACAAUUUGCAUUACUCAAUAUUGCAUAAGUUAAAUACCAUCCAGAAUUACCAGAUCUAAAUUUAAAUAUAUAAUCUUUACGUAAAGUUCCCUUUAAUUGAAAAAGUGAAGCUUCCUUAUUCUAUAUAAAGAUUAGCAUAUAAUAAUAAAGCUUUUGCAGUUUAACAACCACUUAAUACUGUGUUAGAUGCAGAAUGA